UUAUGUUGAUGAUGAUACACAGGAACAUGUUUUGAGAAACAAAGCCUUAGCAGACGCAAUGGCAACUUGAAAUUGGAAUCCAGAAGCUUAGUGAUCAUGGUCACAGGUGUGUCCACAGGCUCCGCCAUUUGAGGAGAACUUUAGGUUAUCUGAUCCAUCUCAAUGCACCAAUUAUAGAAUUGGGUGGCUAAGAAUAGCAUUGGAAAAAUUAGUUGGAAGAGAAAACAGUUGAAAAGAAGAGGAUAAGACAGCCAUUAUUUCUCAUAAGAGUAACUUUAACGCGUUAAUGCAACAUAAUCCCUCGACGCGCCUUAAGUUACAAAAAUGCUUCCAUCACAUCAUUCUUGUCAUAAAAUUUGUAAAAAAAAAAAAAAAGAAAAGUCUUUCCUUUGCCAACCUGAAUUUACUAAAAAAAUGGAGAAACAAAGAGUGAGAGGUGGUUAAGCAAAAUAGUGUUAUAUAUCUAUUGCUGAGAUUAGCAAAUUUGACUCUGUCAAAGAUGCAUCUGAACAGGAAGGAAUGGAGGAAGAAACUUUGUAGAACUUUUACAAGGGAAACAAAACACACUCUUCUUUUCCAGGGAUAAGGUUUCUUGAGUUUCCCAGCCUUUCCCUGAAUCGGGUGCCUCCUGUUUGUGCUUCAGAAUGAAUUGAAGCACUUGCGUGUGGCCAACAGUGAAGGUUUCUUGUCAUUCAUCUCAAAACUUUUUGACAGUUUCUUGGAAUUUUUGGCUACAGUUUUAGUGGUAGAGGCCAUUGAAGAUGAGCUGCUUCUGGUGUUGCAUGGCAGAGAAGGAUGACAACCCAAAAUCGCCAGAAAAAAGCGUCAAUGGAAAUGCAAACAUUAAAGCCUUCACCUCAUUUGCAAAUAUUUCCUUCAAAUCUGAUAGCGGCAAGCGCAGGUACAUCACUGAAGAGCUGGCGAAAAUGGGAAAAGGGAACAUCUCUGCUAAAAUUUUGACGCUCCCAGACCUGUCUACUGCAACUGAAAACUUCAACCCCGACCUUUUGGUGGGUGAAGGAGGUUUUGGGAGGGUAUACAAAGGGCACAUUGCCAGCUUAAAUCAAGAUGUUGCUGUUAAGCAACUUGACAGAAAUGGACUCCAAGGAAACCGGGAAUUCCUCGUGGAGGUGAUGAUGCUGAGCCUUCUACACCACCCGAAUCUUGUCAAUUUGGUCGGCUAUUGUGCAGAUGGUGAUCAGAGGAUUUUAGUGUAUGAGUUCAUGGCUAAUGGUUCCCUCGAGGAUCAUCUACUAGAUUUACCUCCAAAUAAGAAGCCUUUAGAUUGGAUCACAAGGAUGAGAAUUGCUCAAGGAGCAGCAAGAGGUCUUGAGUAUCUGCACGAAACAGCUAACCCUCCGGUGAUUUACCGGGAUUUUAAGGCAUCAAACAUUCUCUUAGACGGGGAUUUCGGUCCAAAACUUUCUGAUUUUGGGCUGGCCAAGCUUGGUCCAACUGGUGAUAAGAGCCACGUAUCCACGAGGGUGAUGGGAACUUACGGCUACUGUGCUCCUGAGUACGCAUUGACCGGCCAGUUGACGACAAAGUCUGACGUGUACAGCUUUGGAGUAGUGUUUUUAGAGAUGAUCACCGGAAGGAGAGUCAUUGACAAGUCAAGACCAAGCCAAGAACAAAAUCUGGUCAUUUGGGCACAACCUCUAUUCAGAGACAAGAAGAAGUUCGUGCUGAUGGCCGAUCCAUUGCUGGAAGGAAACUACCCGAUGAAAGGCCUAUACCAAGCACUUGCAAUAGCGGCAAUGUGUCUGCAGGAGGAAGCCUCUGUCCGGCCUUUGAUAAGUGAUGUAGUGAGCGCGCUCGAGUUCUUGUGUACAGGGAAGAAGGAUGAGGAAGAUGCAGAGGACAAGGAGGCAUCUGCAUCUCCCUCGAAUAGAAAUAGUGUUGAAAAGAAGGAUGCCCCGGAUGCUGGUACAUUGGAGAAGGACUGAUUAAGAAGGUGCCAUUAUUGGGAACUCUUAUGAUCAACAACUGUCUGGAUCGAUCCGAGUCGGUUCUCAGUUGCAUCCUUCUGGGGAUUUAAGCAUCAAAUUGUAGCAUAAAGAUUUCCAAGAAGUUGUCAAUAUUGUGAGAGGUUUUGGUGCAGCAUUGAGGCAUGGCUAAUAGAGGCUGUUUAUGCAGGAUGUAAGUUAUCAGAAAGAGUAGAGGACAGUAGCUUUAGCUGCCUGCUCUUCUUUUCCAUUUGCUCAGAUGAUGAAUCUAAAUCUCCAUUAAUGGGAAGGAACUACACUUGACCACACUUUCUACACCACACCUAAUUAAUUACGUUUCCUAUCAAUCUAAAUUGUAAGAUAAUUAGGUGUUGAUAUCUUAAAGUAGUCUUCUUUUG